UAAGUUAUGUAGCCACUCCCACAUAGUAUGGUCAUAUAAACUGGGUAUGUCCCACAGAGAAGGAGAAUAAAGAACACUCAAUCAUCCAGUACUAGGCAAAAAGCAUGUCGGCACCACGAACAAUGCACAUUGAUGUCAAAAAGCCACGCCCUCCAAGGAUGUUGUUCAACAACAGGACUCCUUCAACUCCGUCAAAUUCCGGCGUCUUUUCUGUGACCACACCCACCCCAACGACACCAGCAUCAUCUCUUUCUUCUGCUACACCUGUUACUGCUGAAAUUUUACCAGUUAACUUUGAAGUUGACAAACUGCAUAUUGGUGAUGAGGUCUACACUUGUGGUAAUGAUGACCUUCAGGACAUUGGUAGUAUAGGGGAGGGUCAUUUUGGAGUUGUGUCAAAGAUGAAUCAUACCACAGCUAAGCACAUCAUGGCAGUGAAGAAAAUCCCAAUGAAAGAUCUCAGAACUUCAGGCGGUAAUGUCUUAGAACUUGAUGUCAUUAAAAAAGUGAAGGAGUGUCCUUUUAUUGUUCACUUUUAUGGCUGUCUGCUUCGUGAGGGUCACGUGUGGAUCUGUAUGGAGCUAUUGGAUUCCAGUAUGGCCCAGGUCUCAGAGAUUGUCUAUAAUAAGAUGAAUGAGAGAAUACCUGAAGAUAUACUUGGAAAGAUGACAGUAGCUGUCAUUAAUGCACUUCAUUUUCUUCAAAAAGAGCUCAAAAUUAUUCAUAGAGAUGUCAAGCCUAGUAAUAUAUUAGUCAGCAAGGUUGGUGAGUUCAAACUGUGUGACUUUGGCAUUAGUGGUAAACUGGUUGACUCUAUUGCUCGGACGAUGGAUGUUGGUUGCCGCCCGUACAUGGCACCAGAGAGGAUAGACCCAGCUAGAGCAUGUCUGGGCUACACUAUACAGUCUGAUGUCUGGAGCUAUGGGAUCACACUAGUUGAGCUGGCUCAAGGCUCUUUCCCCUACAAGAAGUGGAACACCAUCUUUGAUCAGUUGAAUGCUGUUGUUAGUGGUGACCCUCCGUCUCUUCCUCCUGAAAACUUCACUCGGGAACUUCGUGAAUUUACUGCCGCCUGUCUAGUCAAGGACUCGGAUCAGCGACCUAAUUACGUACAGCUCCAGGAAAAAGAAUUCUUUGUCUUGUAUAACAGUGGGCGAGUCAGUGUUGAUGUGUCCAGCUGGUAUGAAAGGGUCAAGGAAAGCAAGUGAUGUCGGAGAGAGGAGGAGUACAGGUCCUUCCCUAGUUAGUUCUCUCUCUCGUUUUAGAGUAUAGAUAAUUUAUUUUUGUAUCCAAUAUUAAUGUACAGGCAAUUCUUGUACACACCUCCUCUGUGAUUAGUAAUUUUGUAUUGAUUUCUCUCUUCAUCUUAUUUUUACACGUUUCAGCAACAAUUCAUGCAAUACUUUUGGUUUAUAUAUUUCCCUAUCUCUUGCUCCUUUUUUCAUUUGUUUUUUGUUAAAUUUAAUAAUUCGAUCUAUAUCAAAGGAAAUCAGAAAA